AUGGCCUCACCGACUACCCACCCACCAAGCGCCGGACCCAAGAUCCAGGACCUGUUUCCUGAAGCCAUUAUCUCCAAAAUCACUCCUGCACCUGAACACCCCUUCUAUAACUAUAACGGGUUCGAGCCAAGCCAUCGAGUCUUGGACGUAGGUCAUACCCGAUUUCCUGGCCGCAGGCCAUUUGGCGUGCGCACCACCUACGACCGAGAUCAAGCCAUCGUUGUCCGUGAUGGCGCAAGUCUGUAUGCCGAUAUCUUUCGCCCAGAAACAUCCGAUACGCAACCGGUCCCGUGUAUACUCCCAUGGAGUCCGUAUGGCAAGACGGGCACUGGGCCACAGAACUACGACUUGAUGGCUCCUUAUCGCGCUGGUCUUGCACUCGACCGCACAUCCGGCUAUGAAAAGUUCGAAGCCCCGGAUCCUGCUGAGUGGGCGGAACGCGACUAUGCUGUUGUGAACGUCGACGCCCGCGGCUGUGGGCAUAGCGACGGCGUUAUUUCAUUUUGGGGUAAUCAAGAGGCUGAGGAUAUCUACGAUAUCAUCGACUGGCUUUCUCGUCAGCCGUGGUGCAACGGCUCGGUCGUCAUGGCAGGCAACUCGUGGUUAGCUAUUGCUCAGGUCAACUUUGCCUCGAGAUUACAGCAUCCAGCUCUCAAAGCUAUUGCACCUUGGGAGAGCUUUACUGAUAUCUACCGUCACUUUAUUGCCCGAGGCGGUCGGCCACACAUUCCGGGCUUCCAUAAAAUGAUAGUCGAGGGAUUUGCUGGCCCUGAAGGUAGGGAGGAUGUCCCUGCCAUGUUAGAGAAGUAUCCUUUGUAUAACGACUACUGGGAAGCAAAGAGAAUACCUGUUGAGAAGAUCGAUAACAUCCCCAUGUAUGUUGUGGCUUCUUAUUCAAGCAUGCUGCAUCCGUAUGGAUCGUUUCAAACGUUCCGUCAAGCAAAAACGGAGCGUAAAUGGCUCAGAGUUCAUCCAUACCAGGAAUGGUACGACAUCUACCGCCCAUCUAUCUCGGACGAGCUUCAGCGAUAUUUCGACGCUUACUGCAAGCCCGAAUCUACUACUGGUCCUGAAGAUUGGGAGACUUCGACACCACGAGUAAGGCUUUCCCUUAUCGGCUUCGAGGCAGACGGAAGCCCCGCAAGAACUGUCAUUGAGAGACCUGAGCAAAGCUAUCCUCUUGAGAGACAAAAGCUGCGAACUCUAUACCUCAAUGCUGAAACGGGAGAGCUCGCCCACGACAAGUCAAUUCAAGAGACAGUCAAGUCUUAUGAGGGGAGGAGUUUGCACGAUCAGCUGACUUUUGCAACAACGUUCAAUACUCCUACAGAGCUAGCCGGUUACCCCAAGGCUGUACUGUACAUGUCUUGUCCAGAUCACGAUGACUUCGACGUUGUUGUGCAGAUCCGGAAGAUCGAUAAUAAAGGCAGGCAAUUAUCUCAUCUCAAUUAUCCAUGCCCAGUUCCGAUUGACCAGGUUCCCGAUGUAAACACAGUCAAGACCUUGGGUCCACAGGGUUUUCUUCGUGCUUCCCAUCACGUAUCACUAGAUGGUGUCGGAGGACCUGUUCCUUCCAACGAUCUCUCCAGAUACACAGAUCCAUUGUACAGCCAUCGUGUUCGAGAACCCAUCACUCCAGACACUGUCACCCGUCUGGAGAUUCCUAUCUGGCCCAUUGGUAUGACCUUCGAAGCAGGAGAAGGAAUUGUGUUGAAUGUGUCGGGCCAUGACAUGUGCUUGCCUGAGACAGAGAUGUGUCGAUUAGCAGAACCAGAGGAUGAGAACGUUGGAAGGCAUUGUGUCUACACGGGUGGGAAAUACGAUAGUCACUUGAUCAUUCCUGUCAUCAAGGGUUGA